AUGAUGGUUCGUUUACCAGGAAAUGAAGCGAUUCCAGAUAUUGACGAACAAGAAGGCGACGAAAACCAAAUUGAACUAGAAAACGAAGAUCAUCAGGGCGGCUUUUGUGGCUUAUUAAAAAGGAUGGUUGCAAUUCUUUUCUCUGAGACGUCUUUGAAAUUUCAUCUUUUUACAUACUGGUUAUUUUGUUUGUUCGACAUGAUUGAAGAACAACCUCAUAGUCUACAUGUUAUUAAAGUGAUGUUAGUUGCAAUGGCUAUUAUAUUCGCACUACUUGCUACAGUUACAAGAGCAGUAUGCCUAUUUUACCCAUUUUUAUUUGUGAUAGUUUUUGAAUUUACAAAGUACUUGUCAAUCUUCCUUUUGCUCGCUCUCAAACUGGCCUUUCCUGAAAAAUACAAUGCACUGAUUAGCACUCAAGGGCUUAGUCAUCUCAAGACGUUCACUAAAAAUACUCGCUCUGAAGAUGAGAUCUACUAUGUUUGGAGCGGUUUCUGUGUUGUUUACUUCGUUCUUGUCUCUCUUACGCUUAUCAGAAACAUCACAGAUUAUCAGUGGCGAGAGCGUAUGCGCCAUCACCGCGAAAAUGUCUAUCCUCAUCUUAUGACACCUGUGCCAAUGAGACGAUUGGUCCUGCAAAGGGAACUCGAAGUUGGAGAUGUCAAUACCGACGAACCUCCACCAUAUUCUGCUGCGGUGCAACAUUCUAAUUUGCUGGAAACAGCAAAAGAAGAAACUGAUCCACCAAGGUAUUCCCAGCUCGGCUACUCUCAAAUGGAACUUCCUCUCGAUCGUACUAAAAGUGAAUGCUCUGAAGAAAUUACAUACAAUACGUCUAGAAAGUCGAUUCCUUUAAGAAGGACUAACUCUGCAACUGCUAUGUCUAAAGUAAAGAGAGGACAUUUAAAACGCCUUAGCCUCUGUCGUUCCGUUCCUGGAGAAGACACUCCAAGAAUGGCGAGCAUUAAGCUACGACUCUUCAACGGUUUACCGCCAUAUAGUGGCAGUGAGAUGACCCUUGGCGUCGAACUGCGAUGGAUAGCAAAAGUGGUGUUGAUUUUGUUGCGCGCCCAUCUGUCCAUCUUGUCCUCCUCACGAGAUGGUGUCACUUCGUGUGCCCAUUCUUCGCCUCCGCCUCUGCGCCAAGAAUCCAUUUGCAUCAUCAGCUGCUACUCACCAACAUCAGCAGUUGACAAAUCCGAAUUGGACGCAUUUCAUGGAUACCUGGAAGAAGUCAUCCGCAACGAUAAAUUCUUCUACAAGUUUGUCGUCGGAGACUUCAAUGCGAAACUAGCAAAAGCCACCGGAGAGGAAUAUAGGAUCGGAAGACUUGAACUAGGGGACCGGAUUGAGAACGCCAAUCGUCUCGCUGAACUGUUGUCCGCCUCUUUCAAGGACUUGCCUCUUUCAAGAAAAACUCACCUCUUCCAGGAGAGUUCUCUUUUCAUGAAGAAUGAUCCUCGAUGGUGGACUUAA